GCACACCCGGCUUCCGCCCGGGCGGCCCUCGGCGGCGGCGGCGGCCCCAGCGCGUGCCCCAUGGACUCCGUGUCGGAGCCCGGCGAGCCCGGCAAGGGGAAGACCUUUAAACUCCUAGGAAUUUUAGAUGUUGAAAACACUCCCUGUGCACGGGACUCCAUAUUGUACGGUUCACUGGGAUCUGCUGUAAGUGGCCUGGGACACUUCUUGUUUACUAGUGAGUACCUGCUUAUGUACACAAACAUUUUUACAUGCACAGGUGUUUCCCUUAGACGGGAUAGUAUUAUUCAUCAUAGUGGUUAUGCUUCUUUAACAGGUAGAAUCAGAAGAUCCUGUGAUGUUGGAGUAGGAGGAUUCAUCUUGGUGACUUUAGGAUGCUGGUUCCACUGUAGGUACAAUUAUGCAAAGCAAAGAAUCCAGGAGAGAAUUGCCAGAGAAGGAAUUAGAAAUAAGAUUUUAUAUGAAAGUACUCACCUUGAUCCUGAAAGAAAACAAACCCAACAGAAAAGCAGCAAUGGAGAAACCUUAAGCCCAGAAAACCAAAACGCAGCUCCCUGAAGACGUGAUGUCAGACGCCUUAUGUGCAAGAAAGCUUUAAGCAAGUCAAUAAACUGGUGUACUUGU